CGAAGCAUCCGAUUGGUGGUUGGCGGCGGACGUAUUAAGUGGGCGUGAACGCUGUCGAACAUCAACAAAAGGAGAGAAAAGACGAAGAAAGAGACUGCAGAUAUGUGGAUUUAAACACGAUAAAAAAGGCUACAUCAGAUGCUCCAGUUCCGGCUGAGAUAUGGACACUGUGAAGCUGUUGAAGGAACUGAGGCUGAAUUAUGACCAGGAGGUUUGGUACCGUCCCAAAGAGGCGGGGCUAAACCUGAUCGAAACCUCUGCACAGGACGACAGGCGGAUCUCUGCGCGCUGCAGAGAUGCCAAGGUGGAGGACUUGUGGAGUCUGACCAGCUUCUUUGGGUACAGCACACAGACCUUUGUCCUGGCUGUUAACCUGCUGGAUCGAUUCCUUGCCAUGAUGAGGAUUCAGCCAAAGCACCUGUCCUGCGUCAGCCUCAGCUGCCUCCACAUGGCAGCCAAAGUAACGGAGGAGAAGUACAACCUGACGCCCAGUGAUGAGCUGAUCCGCAUUGGACAGUGCAGGUUCACGGUGUCCGACCUUGGCCGGAUGGAGAAGAUCAUCGCAGAGAAGCUCAACUUCAAGUCCAAAGCCAUCACUGCCUUAACCUUUUUGCACAUGUACCACCAGAUCGCACUUUCACACAUGGCGAGCAGGACGGAGAUUCUGAGUCUGGAGAAGCUGGAGGCUCAGCUCAAAGCCUGUUUGUGCCGUAUCACCUUCUCCAAAGCAAAGCCGUCCGUCUUGGCUUUGUCUCUGCUGAGACAUGAGACCAAAGCCGUGCAGUCAGAGGACAUGUUGGAAAUUGCCCGUCACAUCCAGAGACACCUGAAGAUUUUGGAUGGUGAGCUGCUGCUGUGGAGCGAGCAGGUUGCACGGUGUCUGUCAGAUUACGCUUCACCCGAAUGCAGCAAACCUGACCACCGGAGGCUCCAGUGGGUCGUGUCACGGCGCACCGCCCAGAACUUGCACAUUAGCCACCGCAGCGUCCCCGAGCUGCCGACCAUCCCCGAGGACUGCUGGAACGAGAUUGAGAGUGAGGACUCAUGUGAGGACAUGUUGAGUUCUGGUGAGGACAGUCUCAGCUCGUCUCUGGGUAGCGACGCUGAAGGGCCGUUCUUCCCGCUGCAUCUGAAACAGCGCCGGUGUGACGUCAGCGCUUGACGUGUUGUCAUCACGUUCUCAUGUCAAUAAUCAGAGGUCUCAGGUUUUAGAAUCGCCACAAUAACUGGCAGCUGAUGCAGACCCAGGGUUUUAUAUAUAUUCUAUGUUUUUAAAAAAAAGUAUCAUCGAGCUGCCACAGAGCUCUCUAUGGGUUUGUGCUUUCUUCUUCUCAGACUGUUUUUCUGUUUCUGAUGAACACGUUCAUCAGCUGCGCUCAAGCUCAGAAUUUUGUUGUUUACAAACUAAUGCCAGUUAAAUUAUUAAUUUGUUUGACAUUUACCAGUGUCUUUCGCUGGUUUCCUGUCCAAAACAAAUAUUUGGUUUCUGAGAAAAACUAAAAUCUGGAAAUUAAUCCAGUGAACAAAGUUACCACCAGAAAUUUUAACUUGGCCAAAAGAUAGAGAAUUCAUCAGAAAAUUUUCACACAAUCAGACAUUUGGAAGGAGACUUUUCUCAUUUCUACCUCAGUCACAUUUUGAAACGACAGAAAAAUUCUGACAGAAAAAUCUUUAAAUUACCUCAGAUUUAAAAUCUUUGAAGUCAUGUCAGGGUUUAUGAUUUGAAGCCGUGAAAAACAUUAAAAUAUAUUAAGUGUUCAGCAGUCAACCACAUUUCAAUGUAUAACCGAAGCGCAUUCAGUCUCGUUUCCAAACUGAUGUGUGUUUAUUUUGGUGAGUGUGGGUCAUGUUGACCCGGUUUACACAGCGGUUCCUGAUUUGCGCAAACUAAAAUCCUUUGUCAUCAUUAAGUCAUUGUAUUCGUCAGACAUAAAUGGCGCUGUGACGAUGUUCAGUCAUAAAGUCCAAUUUCUCAAAUACUAUUCAUAAUACUGGAUGAGUUUCACUAUUCUCAAAGCAUCAGGACAUUUUUAAUUGUAUAAUAUUUUGUGCGCUUGGACAAAACAAUGUUAAUUCUAUGUUCCGUUUUCAAUAAUCAGUAAGAUCUGACUGAGCGAUAAGGCCCCAUU